AUGUUUGUUCUCUUCUUCUCCAGGUAAUGUUUCCACUCAAUCGUGAUUUUAUUAAAAAGGUAGAUAAAAAUAAAAUUCAGCUGGAUCCUGACUCGCCUCACUUAUUAUCCAUUUGUUGUUAUUCGAUCUGGAGUAACUGAAGCUGCUGGACUCAUUCAGGCUGAUUAUGAUUUGUAUGAUAUUUUCAUGGUGAGAUAUUUUUCGGGAUUUGGAUUUUGAACAACAAAUUUUUGCGAUAAAAAUCAAGAAACUUAAAAAUCUACAGCUGAAAUUUGACCUGAAUUUUCUAAUGAAAAUUAUUGACUAUGGCUUCAAAAAACUCCAGAAGAUCUCAGAAUUUUGAAGAUCCAAAUAUCAGUUUCUGAAUCUGAAAAACUUGAAUUUUAUACCUAUAUUUUGUGAUAAUUUUUGAAUAGGCAAACAAUUUUUUGCAACAGAAAACUCCAGAAGAACUCAGAAUUCUGAAGAUCCAAGUUUUCUGAAAAUUUUGAGUUCAAAUUUGACUGAUUUUUGUAAACCUAGAUCUUAUGAUUUUCUUGAAAUCCCCGUAAUUUUCUCUUCCAAAAAAUCCCAAAUUUCCAGCCCCCAUACGCUCCUCGUCUCAUCGUCCUCGCAUUGGUUUUGCUGUUCUUCCUCCACAUUUUCUGGACCUUCAUCAUUGUUCGAAUCGCAUUACGAACAACUCGAGGAGGACAAGCGAAAGAUGUCAGAUCGGAUUCGGAUUCGGAUUAUGAUGAAGAGGAAAUUGCGAGAAGAGAGAGGAAACGAUUGUUGAAACGAGGUGGAAAUAAGGUUGGACAUUUUUAUUAUCCUAUAACUUCAAAAAUUCAAAUUUCCCGCCGAAAUUAACCCCGGGAAGUUGAAAAAUUCAAAAUUACAACCUAGAAUUUGAAGAUGCGCUCUAUUGAAAAUUUGGCGGAUCUUCAAAAAAAAACACAGACUUGUUUGAAAAUUUGAAUUUUUAAAGUUCUAACUCAAAAUAUUCCACAUUUUCUACCUCAAAACUUCAAACAAACAAAAAAGUUGCAAAUAAUCCCUCUUUUUUUGACACCAAAAAUCAUAUUUCAUUCUAGAUCCCUUUUCUAAAGUCUAAAUGGCUUUUCAUGCUUUUUCAAAAAUGUAAAGUUCCACGAUGCAAGAAGAUAAAACUUCGAAGAUCGUUGUUUUUUUCCUGGAAAAUAAAGAAGAAAGUACAUUUCACUAAUUAGAAGACCUCUCUCGUAAAAUUUACACUUGACAAUUUUUAUGGCCAGGGAGGCUGGGAAAAUAAAUUUGAAAUUUUUGAGAAAAUCUGGAUAAAUCUUGAGAAAAUCUUCUACAAUACUGUUAACUUCUGAGAAAAAAUCAGGAUUUUACAUUCAAAAUUUAAUUCCAGGUCUCGCCAACAGUUUCGGCUGAAGAUUCAUCGGAUGAAGAAGAGGAAAAAGCGAAAUCGGCCGGAAAAACUCGUCAAAGACGUGCUCCGCGUAGAGAAUAA